UAACUUGGAUUUACGGACUAAGUCCGAAUCGAGUCCCGUUCUCUGCUCUCAAUUCUCUGUCAACUAUUUCUUUUUGCUUUGAUUCUCUCGAGUGGAAUAUCAAAUCUGUUAAAAUAUCUCACAUCGUUUUGCCUGUCCCAUUCUGUGUAUCCCCAAACAUGGCGACUUUGUUGUUUCUAUGGAUAUUAUCCCUCGUCGGAAAUUGAGCCAUUUUCCCGAAUAAGUCUUCAUUUGGCCGGAACACUUUCAGGUCGUUCGAGAAAAUUUCCAAUGCCUUCGGGCGAUCAUUGCCGUCCAGUGCUUUAAGAUAGUUUUGCUUCCUCAGGUAGAAAUAGAUCUGUAUAGAAUCAAUUGUCAUCGAGCCGUGUGAAAUCCAGGAGAUACUUUUCGACCUCAUCCCAGAGCCCGUCGCGCACUAGCUCCUCAAAAUAACUCCAGCCAAAAUGUACUCCCGAUUCACGCUUGUGAAGCUUCCUUUGUGGCCCCCCCUCUUUCAAGAUCUAUAAGAUAAUUAAGAUCAAGUGGGCAUCGAGAAGAGGCAUUUCGUGAAUGUCAGGCAAUGCCAUUUCGAUGGUGGUCGAAGCAAAGUUGGCGAUCCGCACAGGAGUGUUGGGAUCAGAGUUCUUCUUGUCUGAGAAAGCUCCCAUUAAACCUUUUACAACGAUUGUCGUCGCAACUUUACGUCAGCCAUGCCGGUGUCUAUUGUUCACCAAACUCGCUGCCCUGGAGUGCUGUUUCGCCACUUUCCUUCUGAAAAACAAAUUCCAUCAUCAGACUUGCCGCCCUCAAACGAGCCAGAUCUUGAAGUUUCACUAUGAUCUGCUGUUGCACGCACUGGCCUGCGCUGCUACCCCUCGAAUCUACACACCUUACAUCCGAAAAAUCCUUCACUGUAUUAUUGACAUCAUCGGCAUGUCAGCUUCAGCGAGCCGUCCCUGGUUCUUGUACAUUGGACCGGUUCUUAAGGACACAGGCUUUGGCGUUACAUCGCUGGUAAUACCCGUGCGCCUGCUAAGAAUACUGGUGAAAUUGAGGAUAAAUUUGUCCUUCAAUGAAGCUUCGCACACGCUUGAGCGUGAUCUGGGAGUUUAUUUCGGCUGGAGUAACUUUGAGGAGCUGAUGCUCGACGGGCAAUGGAAUGAGGCCGAGAAGUAUCUUUCUGGUUUUACAGAGCUCCGGACGACAGAUUCUCCAUCCAUGUCUGUUUCAGACCUACGAAAAGAAAAUAUCUUGACAGCAAUGAUUGCAGGAAGGCAAAAUGAUUUUUUUACGAGCGAUCUAACAGUGUUCCAGCCAAAUAAAGACUUACUCGAGGAAAUGACUCAAUUUUUGACAUCGGAUAAUAUUAGGAGAAACAACAAUCUGGCCAUGUAAGGAGAUGCACGGAAUGCAAGAAGUGAGAUAUUUAAAUUCAUGGUAUAACCAAACGAUGUGUAAUAUUUCAACAAAAAUAAACUUGAGUUGAUGAA